AUGUGGCGGCGUCGUGCGGCAGACGUCUUAGACCGCAGUACUCGCGGCGUGGUGUCUCGAGUUCCGGCACAACCGCAUCCGCGCAGCAGCAACGCGAAUGGGCGGUGCGCGGCAUCACCGCGGCAUCCGAACCGCCUGCAGAAAAGUAAUCCACGGCCUGAGCCGCCACAGCGCCGCUUCUCGUGGCGCACUUCGCCUCCGAUUGUGUGGUUUAUCGCCAAUGCGGUGCCCAUCGCGACGUAUCAACUCUUCCUCGAGGCCGGAUGCACAGGUGUAUGUGCGUGGCUGCUGCUACACGACAGGGCGACCGUGGCGGGCAUAGAGGCAUGGCUUCACCGCCACCAUUACCCCCUCACCGGCCUCAUCAACUGGGAGGGCGGGCGUCACGCGGAUGACUGGACCGUCGCCGGCUGCCGCAUCGAUGCCGCCACACUCACCGCACUGCACAUAGGGCAUAACAUCGCGAACGGUCUGCUACCGUUGCAGGUGGUGUUCCUAGCGGGCACGUACCCCGUCGUGGCACGGGUGACAACGGCAGUGGCACGUGGGCCGCUGGCCUCGCAGCUAAUGCGCGCAAAGGAGCGUUGCAAGGCACUGUUUGUCAAGGAGCGUGUUGAAACUCCGACAUGUCAUCCAUUCGGGAAACCCAGACGUUUUCGCCAGCGGUGA